AUGGAGAAAUGUACCUUCGGCGUCCGGGCCGGAAAAUUCCUCGGAUUCUACUUGACCGAAAGAGGAAUAGAAGCCAAUCCGGACAAAUGCCGAGCAUUCUCAGAAUUCCCAACACCCAAUGAUAAAAAAUCAAUCCAAGUCUUAAACGGGAUGCUCACAGUGCUGUCUCGGUUCGUCGCGAAAUCCGCCCAACACGCUCUCCCAUUCUUUAAGCCCUUACUCAAAGAAGCAACCUUCGAAUGGUUCGAGGAAUGCGAGCAAGCACUCUCCCACCUCAAACAAGUCCUCUCAGAACCUCCCGUUCUGACCCGACCGGGAAACGACGAGAUACUAUAUCUCUACCUAGCCGUCUCAAACGAGGCAAUCAGCGCGGCCCUAAUCCAAGAAGCCGAAGACGGGCAAAAGCCCGUAUAUUUCACCAGCAAAGCCCUACAAAGACCCGAGUACGAAAGCAGGAAAGCCCUGGAAGCUCAAGCACUGGCCGACUUCAUAGCUGAAAUGACGUCGAUCACAUCCCCUCCCUCGGCAGAAAAUAAAUGGACCAUCUACGUCGACGGCGCUUCCAGCAAUUCGGGAAGUGGAGCCGGCAUUAUCUUAGAGAACGACGAGGGACUCAUCAUUGAGGUCUCCUUGGUGUUAUUGUUCACCACCUCAAACAACCAAGCCGAAUACGAAGCCUUCCUCGCAAGUUUGCGACUCGCGGAGGACGUAGGUUCCCGGCAAGUAAAGAUUUACGCGGAUUCCCAACUUGUCGCAUCUCAAGUUAACGGCGACUACCAAACCAAAAAUGACACCCUCGUCGAGUACCUCGCAUUGGUCAAAGAAAAAAUGAAAAACUUCGCGAAGGAAGAAGUCGAGCACAUACCCCAGGAGCAUAAUUCUCGAGCAGACGUCCUCUCCAAACUCGCGAGCACGAGGAAUAAAGGAGGAAACAAGUCAGUAAUCCAGGAAAUCCUCUCAAAACCGAGCGUGGACAGGAGUACUUCCUUGAUACAAGUGCUCGCCAUCAGAGACGAUCAAUGUUGGAUGACCCAUGUAUACAAUUUCCUCACCAAAGACGAGCUACCAGCCGACGCAAAGGAGGCCUCCACGAUCAAAAGACGGGCCUACUCAUACGUCAUCAUCGAGAACAAACUAUACCGAUGA